AUGGAGCGAAGUCAUAAGACCCACAGGCCUUCUGACUUCCACAGCGGGCGUGUCCAGCCCCUCUCCACAGGCUCGCCACCGCAGAGCGUCCGUGUGAGCCAGGAGAGCACGGUGUCAUCCUCUUGGGCUCGUCGUGGCCACGACCGAAGCAGGGCCGACUGGUCCCGGAGAAGGAGUGACGACCAGGACAGCGAGGGCAUCGGGCACCGCCUGCUGAAUAUGAUGAAAAAAACUCUUAUGGUGUCUGAGAAUAAAGAACUGGAUGCAGCCCAUGAGAAAUCAACUUUGAUUCCCUUUGGGGAUGUGGUUCCCAGAAAUCAAGAUGAUACAUGGAAUAACAUUUCCUUGGAAUUAGUGCAAUACAAUGAUGCAGAAAAUUAUCUGCUCCUCUUAGGAAGCGUUACGGUCCACCUUUAUAAAGUAAUUCAGAAAAUGUGUUUUACUGAAGAAUUACAAAUAUUGAAUGAAAACACAUGUGUCUGCAGGUUGGAGGUGGAAUUCAUGUUUGCCUACGGAUCCUUUGGUUAUGGAUUUUCACACCAGUUAAAACCUCUUCAAAGAACUAUUGAGCCUACUAUGUUUCAGAGUGUCACAUCACAUCCAAAAAUAAAAGAUCUCCCAACAGAUGUCGUUACGCCCCAGCCGGUGACUGUAGGGAAUUCAGCUAACGGAUCUCAGCCCAGCCAGCCGCCUGCAGUGCCGCUUGUAAAACCCCGGGAAAGGUUGGAAAAAAUGAAAAAGGAAUAUAAAAAUUUGAGUACAUGGAAAGAAAGAGCUGAUUAUUUAGAAAACCUGCUUAACUCAGAAUUGGAACACAAAAAUUCCAAGGAAACUAAUAUAAACAAGAUACCAGAAAGAUCAAAUAAUAAUCAAGAUGAAAAGAAGCCUGAAGAGAGCACAACAUUAUUUCCCUAUAAUCAGCUGCCAGAAAAUGUGAAGAAAGACUGGGCUAUACCGACGUUGAAACUUGAGGACCAAGAUAGUUCAACGGCUGCUGCUCCCAGUGCUCUUGAGUCAACGGCUCCACCCACAGAGAUUCCACUGUCCAUUGUUCCUACCCUGAAAGUAACAGAAGAGGGGAAAACACCACCUUUAGAUGAACAGCAACCGAAAACCAUGCUAGAGGAUAAGAUGAAAAACACACUGUUGCCACCAGUAGUGAGACUGAGGAAUGUACAUACAGGCAUUUUAAAAACAGACUCAUCUUCACCAAAGGUAACAUUGAGAAAUCUCCCUGUAGAUCCAGUGGGAGCGAGGAGGAAUUUGUUCUCAUUCCCAACUAAAAUUAGGUGGCAAAGUAGCUAUCUAAACUUAGCUGAGAGAAAAAACACGAGCUUGCUUUCCCCAGAUUUGAAAUUAAAAGCAAGAAUGAAGACCAUUCUUAGCAAUCAGACUGUGGACAAUCCAGAAAAUGUUGACAUCACUUUGAAAGGAUGCACAGUUAUUAUGAAGUCUGUGUGUGUUCACUUGCCCCUCAACGUCGUUAUUCAGGAGAGUGGGCCUCUUGUCGAAAUCCGAAAUUUCUUGGGUGAAGAAUACAUUCGCCGAGUGGCUUUUUCAUCAAAAGAUCCGAAGUGGGUACAUUUCAAACAAGAAUUUAAACCAAAAUAUCAGAUGCCAGAUUUUCCAGACCAGGCUGGUCUUGGUCCUUUUUUAAGGACUGCAGACACCAAAAUGCCAGCCAAAAGUAGCAAAGGACAAGAGAAGUACAAAAGUAGAAACAUCUUAUUUGCAGAGGAUAUAGAGUACGAGGAGCAAGACCCUCCGUACGCAGCAGGUUCGAAGGCUGCAGGAUCUACCAGUCCAGUCAAGUCCGGCGAUCCUGAUACCAUCGCAAGAACAAUCUCGGACACAAAGAAUCGAUUUUCUUGGGAGCCUGCUAUCAACACAACAAGCACUUCGGGCUCUCAGAACAAAUUAGUCUACAAUGCUGAUGUCCCGAUGAAGGCUCCACAUCCUACGCUGAAAGAAAGACUGCCAAGUGUGUCCUUACCAAGCUUCACAGGACAAUCGCCAAAGACGAGACCAGAAAACAAAUGUCGUCUGUCCAAGUCUUUAAGUCCUCCCUCCCACAUGGAAAAUCUGAAGCAACGAGAGAUAGUCAAGUCACUUUUAAGUAAAGUUCUACAAAGCCUUUCGGAUACAUUAUUUAGUAAAUCAGAAAUCUGUGAGAACGCCGAAGUCAUAGAGAAAGGUGGUUCUCCAGGCCUAAGUAUUCACAAGAAAUCAUCACAGAAUUUGGAAGAUGAAGUAGUUCAAGUCAUGCAAGAUUUAAGUGCCUGGCUUUCAGAGAAUCAUAAUUUAAGCUCAAAGGCUCUUUUAUGUGAUGCAAUUGAAAACCUUUCUGCGGAUUUCCUGUCAGAAGUUAAGCCAGAAAAAGCUCUAGAGAUAAAAGAAUGUGGCUCUGAAAAAUAUUCGGAAGCUAGUGCGACCAAUUUUCCCAUGAAAAGAAAGAGUAGUUACAAAAAGAAACAUUUAAUUAGUGAAAUACCUCGCUCCAAAUCAGGUCUGCAUGGAGACGUGAAGGACUGCGCCAUAAGGGAGAUAUUCAUUGCGCCCAUCUUUGCUCAGCUGGAGGCAGAACUGAAAAAGCUGAGCAAGACCCAGAUGAAAAAGCUAGAGAGAAGUUUGUCUUCAAAGGGCCUGCUCCGCUCUGCGGAACAAGCUGAGAAGGACUUGCCCUCACCCAGCUCUGUGGUAAGCCAGAUAAUGCAGGCGUUUCCUAUGGAUGCUAUUUUAGAAUCUGGCUUGAACAAAAGAGCCUCUUCGGAAGAAGAGCCUCAGGAUUCCACAGCGGACUCUUCAGGUAGCAAAAGCGAGACCACGCUUCCUUCAGGGCAGAAGAGGCCCCCUGCUGCUCUACGUGGUGUUGAGCUCCCAGCAGGCAGCCAAAACACUUCCCUACCAGAUUCAAAACGUCGCCCAAAACCAGGCGUGACAAGUAAAGGUCAGAGGUUGGAGGAAGGAGAAAGUGAAAUAAAUCCUACUUUAGCAAGUUUGAGUAAGCCAUUAAUGGACCCGUUUAAUGAGUCAAAGGCAAUAAUUCUUGCAUCCCCUCCAAAAAGCAUCUCUCCUGAUUUUUUCAAACCCUAUCAGUCUGAAAGAAGAAGGCAACCAGGAAAAGAAUUAGAAACACUAACUCCGCGUUCAUAUCCAAGUGAUACAGAACAUCUUGAAAUCCAAGGGGGCUUUAAUAGAGCAGACACAGAAGCUUUUUUGAGUCCAGAGCUGCGUGUGUUUCUAGAACAGCUCUCAGAAUCAGAAAUAAAAAGUUUAAAAUUUGAACUGAGUAAACAUAUACAAUAUUACCUUGUAGAAAAACUUGCAAAAGCAGGAUAUGUCACCAAGGAAGACUUGACAAAAAUCUACCAAAAUCUCUAUUUGAUGAAUGACAAAGCAAAACUGAAGGCGCAAAAUGUUUUUCAGGAAAAAUAUUCGGGACCUAUAAAAGAAGUUAUGGUUUUUAUAAAUAAUUUUAAAAAUUAUUUCAUUGAUAAACAUUUAGAAAUGAAGCUAAGAUCAUUUUUAAAUGAAAUUCUCCAGAGCUAUUUAGUGCAAGACUAUUCAGAGAACAGUUUAGUUACUGAGGCAGAAUCUACGCCAACAAUACACUCAAAUGUAUCUUCCAUAAAAAAUGACAGCGCCCCCAAAACAUCUCGUGAAUUAGAACAAGAUAUUUCAAAGGACAACUAUGGUAGAAGGCUUGAUGUAAACAUGAAAUAUCCUUUAGACAAAUCCCUACAAAAUUAUCUGAUGACUUUAUCAGAAACUGAAUUAUUAAUUCUAAAAGAGAAUUUAAGCAAACAUCUCCAGAGCAUUUUUAUAGAAAAACUUUUGAAAUCAGGAUUAAUGACAGAGAAGCAAUUAAAAAGAAUCAACCAGCAUAGAAAUUUGCUUGAUUCCAGUUCUAGCCCAUCAAGAUAUAUAAAAACAGAUUUAUCUUUUAGAAGUGAGAAGGACUUGAUGGAGAAGCAUUCAGGAAAGCUAAAUAAAUUUUCAAAACCUGAUCAAAGCACCACUUUAAGAAAUACUACUGAGGAUGAGCUUAUAGAAACAGAAUUUAUUAGGAAGGUAGGAAGAAAACAUUGUUCCUCACACAAUUCAAAAGAAAAUGCAUCAAUACUUUGGCAACAGAAAGAUGAUUACCCUAGGGACAGAUCUAAAACAGUAAGUUUAAUACAAACCCAGCCUUAUCCCAACAUUUUCCAGGCAGUUCCAUUAAAUAAAUCAUCAGAAAGACUUACAAAAAUAUUGCUGAAGAAACACACAAAAGAGUACGGUUUCAUGCAACCUCAGGCAGAAAUCUCUAUGUAUAAAACAGAGACUCAAGACUCGUAUAGUAGGGCUGGUAAAUCAGAAACAAUGUCGUCAAAAGCUUACUUUCAAGCAACCCUGAAAGGAACUCCUGUUGAAAGAAAGGAAUAUGUUAACACUUACACUUGGGCUCUUCAAAGAAACCAUGAGGCAAUAUUGUCACCAUUUCCAAGAAUUCCUUGUUGCCCUAUGCCUAGGGACAAUGAAGCUUACUUAAAUAGAGCUCCGUUCCCUUUAGGCCGGGCUCACACGUCAGCUCAUUGCAGUUGUGAGACUAAGGAGCAAGAAAUAUCUGGCCAGUAUUUCCCGACACCGAAGGCAAGUAAUAACAACAACAAAAAGCACCUAGUAACGUUUGGGCAGUACCAGGAGGACAUACAAGCUCUGUAUAUGAACCAAAGUGAAAUUUGCAAUGAAAAUUGGGUCAUAUUCCCUAAAUCGCAAUCAUUUAAGUAUAAAGAAGAGAAAAACUCUAAAUCGUUCUUCUUCCCAGAGGUGCUAAAGAGAGAAAACGUAAAACCCAAGGUUCAAAAAGAAAGAAAAUAUGCUGGUAAAUUUAAAAAGUCAUCUAACUACAUAGGUAGGAUAUUACCAACCACACUGCCCACCCCAACCAUCCAUCCAAGGAAAUCCUUCCCGAGGACCUCACUUCACUGGACAGCAAGAACAACUGUACACGACUGCUUGGAUAAGUGCGAGGAUGGAUACAUGACCCCCGUGAAGCAUCCUACAAGAACAAAAUCAAGAGCGAAGCUGGCGAGGAAGCACUCGGACAGCAGCCGCAGUCGGAGCAAGCAGGCCGCGCGGCCGUCCACGGCGCCCGAGCCCAACAAGCGAGAGAGCUGCUGCGCCACGUGCCCAAGUCCGCGAAGGGUUUCCGCGGGCUUAAUUCACACAAACGAUACAAUUCUAGAGCAUGCCGUGCUUAAAAUGUGGCCUCCCCAAAUUAAAAGAAGAUUUUGA